AUCUGCUCGUGAGCAUCUUUACAAUCAUUGUCUUUGCUUGCUCUGGCUUUAAAAUUUUAUCGUUUAUACUGCUAUGCGAUUCAACAAAAUUAAUAUGACUACAUAUAAUGACUUUGAAGUUUGACAGCAAUUUUGUGAAUUUGUCAUAUUGUCUUUCUUAUGAUAAUAUCUAUUUUCAGCUUUGAGAAAAAUAACAAAAAAAAUAAGCUGCAAUGAGUUCUUUAAAUGCAAGUUUUAACCAGAAUAUCUCCAUUGUUCAUCCUCAAUACUUUUUCAUCAUUGGACUUUCAGGUAUACCAUACAGCAGUUAUUAUUAUAUUUUCUUAUUUGUUAUUUAUUUUAUUACUAUAAUUGGAAACUCUUUAGUACUUCUCUUGAUAGCUCUUGACCGGAGUCUGCACAGUCCAAAGUACAUUGGUGUGUUUAACUUAGCCUUGGCUGAUAUUGGUGAAACUAAUGCUCUGAUUCCUAACAUGGUAAAGACUUUUCUGUUUGACUCACAGUACAUCUCCUAUAAUGCUUGCUUGGCAAACAUGUUUUUUGUGUUCUUCUUUAGUAGCUUGCAAAGUGUCUCUCUUGUUAUUAUGUCAUAUGAUCGUUUAAUUGCAAUUUGUUUGCCAUUAAGAUAUCAUAGCAUUGUGAAUAACAGCAGUAUGAUUUUAGUUUCUCCAGCAAUAUGGAUAUUCAAUUCUUCUAUGGUGGCAUUGAUGGUGUCUUUGAUCACUCGAAUUUCAUUUUGUGAUUCCAAUGUGAUACAGAGUUAUUUUUGUGAUCAUGGACCAGUGUAUAGGUUGGCAUGUAAUGACUUUAACCUUAAUAAAUCUGUGGGAUUUGUCAUCACAUCUUUAUUCCUUAUAGCACCGAUGAUCAUUAUAUUCCUUUCAUAUCUAGUCAUUUUUCUUGCAUUAAGCAAAAUCACAACUUGGGAAAGACGUUUAAAAGCACUGAAGACCUGUGUUUCACAUCUGUUGUUAGUGGGUGUUUAUUUUUUCCCAAUAUGCUUUACAUAUCUUGCACAGCUUUUGCUAGCUCUCACUCCCAAUGCCAGAGUCAUCAGCACAUCUCUGGCAUAUGUUGUUCCUCCAAUGUUAAAUCCUAUUAUUUAUGUUUUAAAUACAGCUGAAAUCAAAAACCUGUUGCAAAAAAUGUUUAGCAAAAGAUCGGCACCAGUUAGAGAGGACAUUUCAAAAUGAUUAUGUUUACUUAUUUAAACUUUACAAUGAAGUAUCAUCAUCACUGCUGGGACUGAAUGUGUGCAUUGUUGAUUAGCAGUGAUAUACACGUACUGUAUAGUACAUAUUUAUUAAUGCAGCUGAUGUCAACUGGGUGUAUUUACUGAUUUUGUGCAUACCACGGUGUUCACUUAUUCCACUAAAAAACUGUUCAUCUUUAUCCUUCAUUUUUGGUAGUGAGUAAAUUCUAAUGUGUGUGUUUUGUUGCGAAACCAUAACAUACUUUAAUUUCAAUUAAUUUUGUUGUAUUGUAUAUUUUAUUGUAAUUAAAGUGUCCAUUUUUACAUGAAUGGGAUUCUGGUCCUGAUGAAACUGACUGUUGAAAUAUAUAAAUAUUUUGGU